CCGAGCUCUCUCCCUCUCCAGAGAUGACCUCGGAAACAAUACAGGAGCGUGGCAAGUGGGCCAGCAAGACAGAGUUCAUCCUCUCUACGGUCGGUGCAAUUAUUGGACUGGGAAAUGUGUGGAGAUUUCCUUACUUGUGUUACAAGAAUGGUGGUGGUGCAUUCUUUAUUCCUUACAUCCUGUUCCUUGUGACGUGUGGCAUUCCGCUGUUCGUCCUGGAGACAGCACUGGGUCAGUACACCAGUCAGGGGGGAAUCAUGUGCUGGAGGAAGCUCUGCCCCUUGUUUGAAGGCAUUGGAUAUGCCAGCCAAAUUAUCCUUUUCUAUGGGUGUAUCAGCUACAUGGUGAUCUUGGCCUGGGCUUUCUUCUACCUUUUCUCCUCACUCUCUGGAGAGUUGCCUUGGGCCACUUGUAACAACACAUGGAACACAGAUGCUUGUGUGGUAUUAAACGAUUAUAACACCACUGCUAACUGGACCUCAUCACUGAACAUGUCAUCGUCUGUUCUAGAGUUUUGGCAACGACGGGUGUUAAAUAUGUCCACCGGCAUCGAGACCCUGGGAAAUAUACGCUGGGACCUUGCUUUGUGCCUUCUACUGGCCUGGAUCAUCUGCUACUUCUGUGUCUGGAAAGGAGUGAGGUCCACAGGAAAGGCUACCUACUUCACAGCCACGUUUCCCUUCGUCAUGUUAGUGUUGCUGCUCCUCAGAGGAGUUACGCUUCCCGGAGCCCUCCACGGUAUCAAGUACUACCUGUACCCCAAUCUCGCACGGCUCACCGACCCUCAGGUUUGGAUGGAUGCUGGAACACAAAUAUUUUAUUCCUAUGCUAUAUGUUUGGGAUGUCUGACUACGUUUGGGAGCUACAACAAGUACAACAACAACUGCUACAGAGAUUCCUUCUAUCUGUGCUUGUUGAACAGUGGCACCAGCUUUAUUUCUGGCUUUGCCAUCUUCUCAAUUCUGGGCUACAUGUCACAAAAACAGGGCAUGGAUAUAUCGACAGUUGCUGAGUCAGGCCCCGGCCUUGUCUUCAUAGUGUACCCACAGGCUGUGACCCUCCUGCCGUGGCCUCAGGUCUGGUCUGUGUGCUUCUUCACCAUGAUCAUCUUGUUAGGAAUAGACGGUCAGUUUGCUGGGCUCGAGAGCAUCAUGACCUCUUUGGCAGACAUCUUCCCUUCCCAGAUCCGGAGAGGAUACCGCAGAGAGCUUCUCCUGAUGCUCAUCAGUGUUGUGUGUUAUGUGUUAGGUCUCUUAUUGGUAACAGAGGCUGGAACGUACAUCCUGCAGAUCUUUGAUCACUACGUGUGUAGUGGUCCCACUCUGCUGCUGAUGGCAAUAUUCCAGUCAGUCAUCAUUGGGUGGAUUUAUGGUGCUGAACGCUUCAGUAAAAACAUUGAGGACAUGAUCGGGUACAAACCUCUGUCCCUGUUCAACUUCAGCUGGAUGUACGUGACCCCUCUCGUUUGCAGUGGCACACUUGCAUUUCUCGUCCUGAGAUACACCCCGCUGAGGUUCAACAACUCGUAUGUGUAUCCAUGGUGGGCUUACUGGAUCGGCUGGUUCCUGUCCUUAUCGUCUCUUGUAAUGAUUCCAGUCGUCAUGAUCUGCAAACUGGCCAGAGGAAAAGGGACUCUGUGGGAGCGCAUCAGGACGAGCUGCCGGGCUGCAGACGACCUUCCAGUGAUGACAAAGGAAAUGACAAACAUCACUUCUACGCUAUUUGAUUGCAAUGGUGGAAGAAAGAGUGAUAAAUAGUGGAAUGUCACUUUGACAGCAACUUCUUCUCUUUCUUUACUUUUUUUCUUUUGAGGAAUUUGUACGGCACAUUGUUUACUACAUUAGAAUGAUUAGAAUUUGUUAGAGCUUUUUAUAUAUAGAUGUUUGGCUUCUUCUGAUUUGGGGUUUUUGGAUCAUUUGUCUUAUUUAGACUAGUUUUGUUGGUACAUUCCU